AUCUAACGAAGAUAACCAAAUCAAGUUUAGUAAGGAAGACGAAAUUGGAUCUAACGAAGACAAUGAGAUUGAAUCGAUUGAUGAUAAUAAAACUGAGUCCAAUAAAGAAAAUAAAGAAAAAUUUGAAACCAAAAAUAAAGAAUUGUAA